AUGAAGUCAAAAGUGCUCUCUUCUCUAUUCCAGGAGACAAGGCUCGAACCAGAUAGUUUUGGAGGCCACUUCUUCAAGGAUACCUGGGAGGUAAUAGGAGGAAAUGUUGUUGAGGCAGUAUUAGACUUUUUCACUAGCAAGAGGAUGUUGAAGGAGCUCAAUGCAACAGUCAUUACUCUAGUUCCUAAAAUUAAGUGCCCUACUAAAGUUAAUGAUUUCAGACCAAUAGCAUGUUGUAAUACGCCUUAUAAGUGUAUUACUAAGGUCAUUUGUGGCAGAUUGAGGCAACAUCUGCCUGAUAUUGUUGCUGAAAACCAAGGGGGCUUUGUUCAUGGCAGGUACAUUAUACACAAUGUCACGGUGGUGCAAGACCUUGUCAAGAAGUAUAGUAGGAAGAAUGCAAGUCCUAGUUGCAUGAUCAAAAUGGACUUACAGAAGGCAUAUGAUACAGUGGAUUGGCACUUUCUUAAAGAGAUGCUGCAUCAAUUAGAGUUCCCAGAAGAUUUGACUUAA